AUUCGCCGGAGCAGCCAGCAGCAAGAUGCAUGGUGUUGAGUAGUAGCUAGCACCAGGCAUGAACACCACCAGCCCCGUCAGUUCGCCAUCUCUCUCCUUCUCUUCCUUCUCUCCUCGCAAUAAGUCCGGCCGGCCCACCUUCCUCGCAUUGCGGUUGCUCCAAGCAGCCGUUGCCUCCACCUUCUCCACACUCGCCAGCUGCUGCCCCACCACUCCAACCAGGGACCCCUUCGCCGCCGCCAAUGCGCUCUCCACAGCCUCCUCCUCGCCGCCAUCCAUGGGCUCGCAGCUCCACGCGCGCUUCAUAAAGCUCGGCAUGGCCGGCGACACCUUCACCAUGAACCACCUCCUCACCUUCUACUCCAGGCGCGGGCAUCUUGCCAGCGCGCUGGUCGUGUUCGACGAAAUGCCGUGCCGGAACCUCGUGUCCUGGACUGCCAUGGUGUCCGCCUCCAUGUGCAAUGGCGCACCUCAGCUGGGACUCGAAUUGUUUGUUUCCAUGAUCAGGAGCGGGUUCUGCCCAAACGAGUUCGCUCUUGCCAGCGUGCUCGGUGCUUGCCAGUCCAUGGCCCAUGCCAAGCUCGGCCUUUUGCUCCAUGGCCUCGCCGCCAAAACUGGCCUGGAUGGCAAUCCUUACGUGGGGAGCUCGUUGCUGCUCAUGUAUGCCAAGCAUGGGCAUAUUUCUGCUGCAGAGCACUUGUUUGGAAACAUAGUUCUCAAAGACUUGGCAUGCUGGAACGCAUUGCUGGAGGGCUAUGUCUCGAAUGGCUGUGGGAACGACGCGAUGAGGACGGUGGUUCUGAUGCAUCAGCGUGGAAUAGCAUCUGACGUGUUCACUUACAUUUCGGCUGUGAAGGCUUCUUCGACCGAGGAUGAGCUGAGUUUUGGGCGGCAGCUUCAUGGUCUUGUCAUCCACAACAUGUUCGAGUCUGAUACCUCGGUGAUGAACGCACUUGUCGAUAUGUAUUUCAAAGCAGGACGGAAGGAAGUUGCCAUGGCUAUCUUUAGUAAGAUUCGACGAAAGGAUACCGUUUCUUGGAACACAAUGAUAUCUGGUCUCGCACGUGAUGAGGAUGAGAAGGCAGUUGCAGGCUGCUUCGCCGACAUGGCAAGAUGCGGUUGUAAGCCUAAUCAAGUUACGUUCUCUACCAUGCUGAGGCUGAGUGGCGCUAAAGAGAACGCCUCCCUCGGACUUCAGAUCUUUGGCCUUGCCUAUUGUCAUGGCUACUCUGACAAUGUUCUUGUAGCAAAUUCAGUCAUCAACAUGAUGUCUAGAUGUGGAAUGCUCAACUGCGCCUAUGGCUUUUUCUGUAACCUUAGUGUCAGAAAUAUUAUGACAUGGAAUGAGAUGAUUGCAGGCUAUGGUCUGCACAAUUGCUCUGAAGAUGCACUGAGGCUCUUCCGCAGCUUUGUUUGCUUCGGAGCAAGACCGGGUGAGUUCUCCUAUCCAGCUGUUUUGUCUGCCUUCCAACAAGCUCACGAUGCAAGGAACCACGAGCAGAUCCAUGCAGGUAUCCUGAAACAUGGUUUUGCUUCAUGUCAGUUCGUCUCAACUUCACUAAUCAAAGCAAAGGCAGCCAGUGGUUCGAUUCAGGGUUCACUGAAAGUAAUUGGGGACGCUGGAAAGAUGGAUUUGGUGUCAUGGGGAGUCAUCAUCUCUGCAUUCCUGAAGCAUGGCCUCAACAAUGAGGUCCUUCUUCUUUUCAACUUGUUCAGAAGUGACUGCAGAGAGAAGCCUGAUGAGUUCAUCCUGGCUACCAUCCUGAAUGCCUGCGCCAAUGCCGCACUGAUCAGGCAGUGCAGAUGCAUCCAUUCGCUCGUUGUCAGGACAGGGCACAGCAAGCACUUCUGCGUGGCAAGUGCCUUGGUUGACGCCUACGCAAAGUGCGGUGAUAUUACUGCUGCUGAAAGCUCUUUCACUUAUGUUUCACCGGCAACCGCUGACGCCAUUCUGUACAACACCAUGCUGACAGCUUAUGCCAACCAUGGUCUGAUCCAUGAAGCCCUCAGCCUCCACCAAGGGAUGACACAACUUCAAGUGGUUCCAACGCCAGCGACGUUCAUCGCAGUCGUCUCAGCGUGCAGCCAUCUUGGGCUAGUUGAGCAAGGGAAGCUUCUGUUCAGUUCCAUGCUGUCUGAGCACGGCAUGAAUCUAACAAGGGCCAGUUAUGCCUGCCUAGUCGAUCUACUGGCACGAAAAGGGCUCCUUGACGAAGCAAAAGGCGUCAUCGAGGCAAUGCCAUUCCAGCCGUGGCCUGUAGUUUGGAGGUCGCUGAUGAACGGUUGCUGGAUCCAUGGGAACAAAGAACUGGGCGUGCUUGCAGCAGAGCAGAUCCUGAGAACGGCGCCCAGCAGCGAUGGCGCAUAUGUGUCGCUGUCGAAUGUCUACGCUGUAGAUGGAGACUGGCAGUCUGCACAGGAGACCAGGAGGAGGAUGGCUGAGAAUCAAGUGCACAAGGUGCAAGGUUACAGCAGUGUUGAGAUUUAGCCAUUCAGGGAUGUUGCACAUAGGGGACUAGGGGUAAUAGUCAGAAUAACCACGUUAGGGCAAGCAACAUUUCGUAUCACAUUGAAUGUGAAUAGUGAAUACGUUGUUUUGCCAAAAAAUUUGAUAACAGAUAGCCACACACAAGUAAUCCUGAAAAUAGGUUAGAUCAGCUGCUGUUUGGGCAAUCGGUGCACACUGCUUGCAAACGCAGAAAGGAUGCUGCUGUUUUUUUGGCAUUCAUAAUUGAGAUAAGAGAACUUCUAACAAUAAAAAAUGACGUUUUA